AUGGGUGCUCUUCUGAGCUGGUGCCCGGACUGCCAAUCCCAACACCCCUGGUGCCAGUCUUUCCUGGCUGUCCGCUGUCUCUCCACGUUGCCAGCCGGACUAUUCCCGGUUGCCAGCCGGACUAUUCCCGGUUGCCACCGGACUAUUCCCGGUUGCCAGCCGGACUAUUCCUGGUUGCCACUGGACUAUUCCCGAUAUACCGCUUCGGAGUCUGCCGGGGGAUUCAUCUUCCUGCAAAACAGAUAUACCGCUUCGGAGUCUGCCGGGGGAUUCAUCUUCCUGCAAAACAGAUAUACCGCUUCGGAGUCUGCCGGGGGAUUCAUCUUCCUGCAAAACAGAUAUACCGCUUCGGAGUCUGCCGGGGGAUUCAUCUUCCUGCAAAACAGAUAUACCGCUUCGGAGUCUGCCGGGGGAUUCAUCUUCCUGCAAAACAGAUAUACCGCUUCGGAGUCUGCCGGGGGAUUCAUCUUCCUGCAAAACAGAUAUACCGCUUCGGAGUCUGCCGGGGGAUUCAUCUUCCUGCAAAACAGAUAUACCGCUUCGGAGUCUGCCGGGGGAUUCAUCUUCCUGCAAAACAGAUAUACCGCUUCGGAGUCUGCCGGGGGAUUCAUCUUCCUGCAAAACAGAUAUAUCGCUUCGGAGUCUGCCGGGGGAUUCAUCUUCCUGCAAAACAGAUAUACCGCUUCGGAGUCUGCCGGGGGAUUCAUCUUCCUGCAAAACAGAUAUAUCGCUUCGGAGUCUGCCGGGGGAUUCAUCUUCCUGCAAAACAGAUAUACCGCUUCGGAGUCUGCCGGGGGAUUCAUCUUCCUGCAAAACAGAUAUACCGCUUCGGAGUCUGCCGGGGGAUUCAUCUUCCUGCAAAACAGAUAUACCGCUUUGGAGUCUGCCGGGGGAUUCAUCUUCCUGCAAAACAGAUAUACCGCUUCGGAGUCUGCCGGGGGAUUCAUCUUCCUGCAAAACAGAUAUACCGCUUCGGAGUCUGCCGGGGGAUUCAUCUUCCUGCAAAACAGAUAUACCGCUUCGGAGUCUGCCGGGGGAUUCAUCUUCCUGCAAAACAGAUAUACCGCUUCGGAGUCUGCCGGGGGAUUCAUCUUCCUGCAAAACAGAUAUACCGCUUCGGAGUCUGCCGGGGGAUUCAUCUUCCUGCAAAACAGAUAUACCGCUUCGGAGUCUGCCGGGGGAUUCAUCUUCCUGCAAAACAGAUAUACCGCUUCGGAGUCUGCCGGGGGAUUCAUCUUCCUGCAAAACAGAUAUACCGCUUCGGAGUCUGCCGGGGGAUUCAUCUUCCUGCAAAACAGAUAUACCGCUUCGGAGUCUGCCGGGGGAUUCAUCUUCCUGCAAAACAGAUAUAUCGCUUCGGAGUCUGCCGGGGGAUUCAUCUUCCUGCAAAACAGAUAUACCGCUUCGGAGUCUGCCGGGGGAUUCAUCUUCCUGCAAAACAGAUAUAUCGCUUCGGAGUCUGCCGGGGGAUUCAUCUUCCUGCAAAACAGAUAUACCGCUUCGGAGUCUGCCGGGGGAUUCAUCUUCCUGCAAAACAGAUAUACCGCUUCGGAGUCUGCCGGGGGAUUCAUCUUCCUGCAAAACAGAUAUACCGCUUUGGAGUCUGCCGGGGGAUUCAUCUUCCUGCAAAACAGAUAUACCGCUUCGGAGUCUGCCGGGGGAUUCAUCUUCCUGCAAAACAGAUAUACCGCUUCGGAGUCUGCCGGGGGAUUCAUCUUCCUGCAAAACAGAUAUACCGCUUCGGAGUCUGCCGGGGGAUUCAUCUUCCUGCAAAACAGAUAUAUCGCUUCGGAGUCUGCCGGGGGAUUCAUCUUGCUGCAAAACAGAUAUAUCGCUUCGGAGUCUGCCGGGGGAUUCAUCUUCCUGCAAAACAGAUAUACCGCUUCGGAGUCUGCCGGGGGAUUCAUCUUCCUGCAAAACAGAUAUACCGCUUCGGAGUCUGCCGGGGGAUUCAUCUUCCUGCAAAACAGAUAUACCGCUUCGGAGUCUGCCGGGGGAUUCAUCUUCCUGCAAAACAGAUAUACCGCUUCGGAGUCUGCCGGGGGAUUCAUCUUCCUGCAAAACAGAUAUAUCGCUUCGGAGUCUGCCGGGGGAUUCAUCUUCCUGCAAAACAGAUAUAUCGCUUCGGAGUCUGCCGGGGGAUUCAUCUUCCUGCAAAACAGAUAUACCGCUUCGGAGUCUGCCGGGGGAUUCAUCUUCCUGCAAAACAGAUAUACCGCUUCGGAGUCUGCCGGGGGAUUCAUCUUCCUGCAAAACAGAUAUACCGCUUCGGAGUCUGCCGGGGGAUUCAUCUUCCUGCAAAACAGAUAUACCGCUUCGGAGUCUGCCGGGGGAUUCAUCUUCCUGCAAUACAGAUAUAUCGCUUCGGAGUCUGCCGGGGGAUUCAUCUUCCUGCAAAACAGAUAUACCGCUUCGGAGUCUGCCGGGGGAUUCAUCUUCCUGCAAAACAGAUAUACCGCUUCGGAGUCUGCCGGGGGAUUCAUCUUCCUGCAAAACAGAUAUACCGCUUCGGAGUCUGCCGGGGGAUUCAUCUUCCUGCAAAACAGAUAUACCGCUUCGGAGUCUGCCGGGGGAUUCAUCUUCCUGCAAAACAGAUAUACCGCUUCGGAGUCUGCCGGGGGAUUCAUCUUCCUGCAAAACAGAUAUACCGCUUCGGAGUCUGCCGGGGGAUUCAUCUUCCUGCAAAACAGAUAUACCGCUUCGGAGUCUGCCGGGGGAUUCAUCUUCCUGCAAAACAGAUAUACCGCUUCGGAGUCUGCCGGGGGAUUCAUCUUCCUGCAAAACAGAUAUACCGCUUCGGAGUCUGCUGGGGGAGGUGAAGGCAGCAGUAGCCAGGAUCAUAGAACCGUGGGUGGCUCUGCUGCACAUUAG